UGACUGACUGCGUCUGUGGUUGAAUAACAAUGCAGUUUCAUGUCAUUUACAUAUCUCUCUUUAUUAUUUUUAACAUAUUUGAAGCAUUCGGUGCCAAAUAUGAACCAAACUGGGCUUCUCUCGACUCUCGUCCUCUACCGGAUUGGUAUGAUAAAUCGAAAAUAGGAAUCUUCAUCCACUGGGGAGUUUUUUCUGUUCCCAGUUAUUCAUCAGAGUGGUUUUGGUGGACAUGGAAGGGACAGAAGGUACCUGGUGUUGUAGAUUUUAUGCAGAAGAAUUACCCGCCAGAUUUCACCUACGCUGAUUUUGCACCCCAAUUCACUGCUGAGUUUUUUAAUGCUGACCAAUGGGCACAAACCUUCCAGGCCUCAGGAGCCAAGUACAUUGUGUUUGUGAGCAAGCAUCAUGAGGGAUUCUGUAACUGGCCGUCCAAAUAUUCCUUCAACUGGAACUCUGGGGAUGUGGGACCUAACAGAGAUAUUGUGGGAGAAUUAGCGGACUCAAUAAAGAAUAAGACUGAUAUUCAUUUUGGUCUGUACCAUUCCUUAUUUGAAUGGUUUCAUCCACUGUAUCAGAAAGACAAGGCCAAUAACUACACAACACAGGACUUUGUCAGGACAAAGACAAUGCCAGAGCUGUAUGAACUUGUUAACAGAUAUAAACCUGACGUUGUGUGGUCGGACGGAGACUGGGAAACAACAGACGUAUACUGGAAUGCUACACAGUUUCUGGCCUGGCUGUAUAAUGAAAGUCCAGUGAAAGACACAGUGGCUGUAAAUGAUCGAUGGGGAAACAACAUCAGGUGUAAACACGGAGGAUUUUUGAAUUGUGAUGAUAGAUUUAAUCCAGGAAAACUACAAAAGAAAAAGUGGGAAAAUGCGAUGACCAUUGACAAGUUUUCUUGGGGAUACCGCAGAAGGGCAGUCAUUUCUGACUAUCUUACAAUGAAGGACAUAGCAAAAGUCAUAGCUACAACAGUAAGUUGUGGAGGAAAUGUGCUCAUUAACAUAGGGCCCACACAUGAUGGGAGGAUAGCACCUGUGUUUGAGGAGAGACUGAAACAAAUGGGUCAAUGGUUGGGGGUCAAUGGAGAGGCCAUCUACGAAUCUGUGCCCUGGAGUCACCAGAAUGAUACCAUCACCCCAGAUGUAUGGUACACAUCAAAGAAAACACCACAGGGCAUUGCUGUAUACGCUAUAGUCCUGACCUGGCCCAAGGCAAACCAGCUAGUGUUAGGGGCCCCCGUAACAUCUACAACAACUGUGGUUACCAUGCUGGGUUACCAAGGCAACUUUAGCUGGAAACCUAAUACUGGUAGUGGCAUUGUGAUCCAGAUACCAGUUAUACCAUUUGACAAAAUUCCAAGUCAGGAUGCCUGGGUGUUUAAAAUGACUGGACUCAAAAAUUGAAGUGCUUGAACUUGAGAUUUGUUUUAUGAUCUUUUAUAAAUCCACAAAAGACUGCCUUCUCCUAAGAACAUGGAGAUUUGUGUUCUGUUAAUUGAACACUACAUUAAAAAAUGAAAUUCUACUGAUAGAAAAAAGAAUUGUUAAAUCUGUUCUUUAUCAAUCUCAUGUGAAAAAAUUGUUUUAUUUACAUGUACUCUUUUUUUCUGAAUAUUAUUUGAAAGAAAAAUGAAUGUUUAUUUAUGUUUUUUUUUACUGUCUCUUUUUAAUUUCUGAAAUGAGUUUCUUUCCACAAGGAAGAAGUUGCACUUUUUUGGAGAGUUAAGUAUUUUGUCACAAAUCAUCCACUUGAUAAAAAUACUGUAGUAAUUUAGUGUAAACUGUAUUGUAUUAGGCCUAUUAUUAAUAUAAAAUUUAUAAAGAAACUUUUUUUUACCAUAAAGUUUGGCUGUCAGUUUUGUUAUUUUUUGCAGAACUAUAUUAAAUGGCUUAUGAUACAUUUUAAAUUCAUUACAUGUACAUCAUAAAUGUCAUACAUACAAAUAAUGUAUGUUUUUCUGUGAUUGAAGCAAAACUUUAUCAAAAAGGACUGUGAUUUUUAAACGAGUGAUAUACAUUUAUAUUUAUAGAAAUGCAUUUAGAUAUAUGAAUUCAUCACAAAGAAAACAAUACAAAUACAGAAAAUGAAUAAGAAUUCUAAUUUUGUGCAGUAUUUGCUUAUACAUGCAAUUUUUAUGUCUCGUAUGUUGUGGUACUGUAAGAAAAUUUCUCCACCAUUGUACUUGAUCUAAAUAAUGUGUAUUUUCUUUCAUAUGCGUAUACUAUUCUCAUUUAUUUUAUUUUUUCUGUAUCCUAGCAUUACACAUUUAAUAGAUUUUGAUUUUUUCUUCAGAGAUUUAGAUACUACGUAGUGUAUAUCAAGAAGAUACUUACUGUUUUAAUAGAUUAUUUUUUUUUAUUACUAGUGUAGAUCUACAGUAUAUACAGUAUAAUUAUAUAUACAGUGUGGAUAUGUCUCUUGAUAGGUUGAAUGUAAAUUAUUUUACUGAAUACUUAACGUUUCUUAUCCUUUAUAAUAACAUUCCAAUCAUUAUGAAACAUUAUCAAUAUCCAUUAUAUAUUGAAUAAAUAAUGUACCUCCUUUCUAGGCCUACGUAAAAUUCAGGAUGCUAUAUUUGAGAUAAAUAAACUUAAAUUUAACUAUGCAAA